AUGGAUAAACUGUCUCAUGUAUAUGCGGAAUUGCGGAGGGAAUCUUCUCACGGACAAGGAGUCCCUAUCGCUGUAAGGCACAUCGAAUCCAUGAUACGGAUGUCUGAAGCUCACGCUAGAAUGCAUCUCAGACAACAUGUUACACAAGAGGAUGUGGACAUGGCAAUUCGUGUUCUACUUGAAUCAUUCAUUUCCACACAGAAGUUUGGGGUUCAGAAGGCUCUUCAAAAGAGCUUUAGAAAGUACAUGACUUUCAAGAAGGACUAUAAUGAACUGCUGCUUUAUAUUCUCCGGGAGCUUGUAAAAAAUGCUCUGCAUUUCGAAGAAAUUGUCACAGGGUCUACUUCAGGGCUAACUUAUGUAGAUGUUAAAGUAGAUGAUUUGUACAAUAAGGCUCAAGAGCAUGACAUCUAUGAUCUCAAACCAUUCUUCAAUAGCAACCAGUUUUCAAGGGCCAAUUUUGUGUUGGAUGAAGAACGGAAAGUGAUCAGGCAUCGCCUUGUUUGAAUAUUGGAUCAUUUUUAACCAUUGACUUGUGCAGUUACCUGUGCUAUCUUAACUCGCCUUUAGUUUAAUCA